AUGCUUAAGACUAUUACGCCGAAAUCUUUUGGCCAGCGCCAACAACAAAGACCCAAGACGGUUACUUUCUUUGACGAAGAAGACCUGUAUGAUGAUGACAUUAGUUUCAUGACUGACGACGAUAGCGUCCAUGAGCCUGGCCAAACCACACUUGGGCUGGCAAAGUUUCUUGCGACAACAGGGCCAGAAGAGUUUGAUAAAAAAGAUUGUUCAUCAAAUCCGAGCAGCAGUCGAGCGUCAAGAUUAUUGAACAAAUUGCGUAAGCGACCCUCCUUCAAACCUCCAGCCGGAGGGGGAGGUGGUAUUGGAGGCGAACGUCGCAACCAUAUUCCCUUGCCAGUCUACUGCCCAACAACUUCCUCUGAACCGAGACCAACUCUGCGAGACUCGGGGAUUUACAGUAUGAGCGACAAAGAAUCAUCCAUAGCUCCUCCUCCUCCAGUGCCUAGUUUGCCUUAUGUAGCAUCACCGCGGCUACCGUCAUCGACUUCGUUGAGCGACCUCCACUUCCCUAUGCCACCCCUCGCUGCCCCUUCACCGACCUCUUCAACCUCACUCCGACCCCUGCGCCCGAACCCAUUGCCGGCAGCAGUGGCCUCUGCUGCAAUUGCGGCAGCGAUGCAUUCCCAUCGCGCCAUGUCCGUCUGCUCCGAUCUAUCCGAAAACCCUCAACAUCGCCCCUUGCCACCCCAAGUCAUUAAGCGAAGGUCUGUAAGGAUACGGCAUGCACAAGUUCAAACAGAUGAUCUAGACUAUACAGAUCUCUUGAAAAUGGUAGAGUCCCUUCAGCUCCAAUUAGAAGAAGAACGGGCUCUCCGUGAAACCAAUACUGUUCCCUAA